AUGCAACAGUCUUCCGGCCACUGGGACAAGAUCAUUUGGCGUCGCGGGACCCCGAGCGACUGCGACGGUACGAGAAAGGAGAGCGACUGGACGAUUUCUUUUCAAGCGUUGAUGGAAGACAAGAAUGGCCGGACCAACCCGCUCGAAUGGGGCGAGGUGCUGGCUGAGGUCAAUAUCAUGAUGAAUGCGGGCAAUCUGUCAGAUUAUGAUCCAGACUCGAUUCAUGAGAUCCCAGACACAAAAUUAGCUAUAGUUCUACUAUCUACAUAUGGAGAGGGGGGCGAUCCUAGCGAUAAUACGGCCGAGUUUUGGGACUGGGUUCAGAAGGCCCCCCGAAGGGUCACUGUCCAAUCUGCGUUACUGCGCCUCUGGGUUGGGCAACAGCAAUUACAGAUUCUACAAUCGAGUCGUCAAUGUGGUCGCGCAGGCACUAGACCAGAGAGGGGGGGCUCGUUCUCUGGUGCCCCUGUUGGUAGAGCCUACGAUGUCGAAGGUACGACGCAAGAGGACUUUCUUACCUGGAAGGACGACCUGUUCGCUGCCUGCCGGAUCCAGCUGGGUUUUAAGGAAGGCGAGGCUCAGUAUCGACCCACAGUAGCAGUUGAUGAGGACGAGUCAGUCGAGCCAAUCGAUCUUCACAUCAAGGUGCACCUGAUCCUCGCGAUCCUUCAGGCAAGGUGUCUACUCAGUGCUCUGCAGUACGGCCCCUUCCUAUACCCGAAAGUUAAGAGAUAA